AUGGAGGCGGCGGAGCUGCGGGAGCUGCGGGCGUUGGUGGAGCGGGCGGGCGGGCGGCGGGCGGUGCUGCUGGUGGCCGAGGUGGUGGCGGACGGCGCUCCGGCGGCGGCCACGUUGGCGUCGUUCGCCCGGGAGCUGCUGGGCGACGAGGCUCCUCCGGGGCAGGGGGUGGAGCCGGGAUGCCCAUCCCGGUCCCGAUGCCGGCGGCGGGAGCUGGGGGCCCGGCUGCUGCUGGUGCUGUGCCGCGGAGGAACGGCGCGGGGCCGCGGGAGCCGUGCGCGGCUGCGGGAGGUGGUGCGGGACGUGCGGGGCCGUUUGCCUCGGGGGCCGCCGCCCGCCGUCGUCGGCGUUCUUCUGCCCGGUGGGGACGGGGAGGACGCGGCGGUGCUGGACGCGACGCUGCGGCGGCACUUCCCGGCGGCGGGCACCGUGCAGGCGGCGCGUUACAGCCCCGGGAGUCCCGCAGCGCUGCGGGAAUGCCGCACCGCCGCCUGCCGAGCUCUGCGGGCCGCCCUGCAGCACCCCGCAGAGGAGGGGAAAGAGAGGGAAAGGUGGAGGAUGCCUGCCCUCCUGCAGUGCAUCUCCUGGAGCCGGAGGAGCCAGAGAAAAGGCCACGUGUCAAAAGCUGCCAACAAUGUCCAUGAAGACAACUUGCAGGACCCCCAAGAGGUGGCUCUGACCAGUCUGUCUCCCAAUGGAAACUAUGAAGAUGCUGCUGGAGGUGUGGGCACCUAAAGCUGUGGGCACCUGAUGUGAUCCCUGUCCCGGUUCUGCCUGGCUGGUGUGGAGCUGUAGAAGGAGCAGCUGUGCCCACUCACCCUCAGAGAGCCCACAGAUUUCACCAAGGUCUUCUGUGGCUGCCAACAGCCUCUGAGCUCCAUGACAAAGCCACCCCCUGCCUAUGGGGCUGUGCUGGUGGACACUGGGCUUUGGAGGAGCCCUUUAGGAGUGUAUCCUCCAUCCUGGGCAAGGUGACGUGGGGACUUUAGCUUCCAUCUGCCCAAACAAAGGCAAACGAACAAAGCUCCCCACUCAAAUUGCUAGAGAUGGCCUCCCAGGCAAAUGGAUUCUUCUGCCUUAUUUUUCUGCUUUAUUCUUUAUUCUGAAGCUGCUGACCUCUCUUUGAUCUAGGAAAAAAAAAAAAAAAGACAA